AGACAGAGGCGGAAUAGUCAUCCGCUGGUGCGCAUCGCGAGCGCAGUCGCUUUGCAUCGGGGGUCGAUCGAAAGGGCGAAACUCGGUCGGGGGAUGAAAGGGUAGAAGGGAGGGAUGGUCUCGGAGGAGAGAGAAGGGCGAGAGAAGGCCGCCAUUUUGCCGGAGCCACCUGGUCGCGGAUGCGGAAGGGGGUGUUAAGGAGAAAUCGCGAUAUUGACGCGUCUGCGUGGUGUCACGUCGGCGCCGUAAAGGGGUGCAGCCUCAGGAGAGGGGGAGAAAGAGAGAGAGAGAGUGAGAGGGCUCUCUCUUGGGCCACCGCUUCGAUCGCUCAAUAUUCAACCCCUCGCCGAGCCGAGAGCGCGGUUUCUCCUCCGACGAGAGACAGACGGCGAAUCGACCAUUCCUUCUUCCUUUGCGCCCUCGCUCGCGGAGCCGUUCGAUCGUUCCGGAGGAAGGAAGAGUCUCAGUCCUCGCGUUCGGUCUCUCCUGUAUAACAAUAUAUAUAUAUAUAUAUAUAUAUAUAUAUAUAUGUACAUUAUAUAUAUAUAGAAUAUAUACGGGAGCCGGGAUCUCGGAGGAAAAACGCGCGCGCGAAGGAGCGGCUGACAGCUGGGCUAUUUUUUCCUCUCAUCUCUGUUCUGGAGCAAAUAUUCCGGAAUCAUAGUCCGGUCCCAUUCCCAACCCCUGGUAUUCGCGCGCGCGGUUCUUAACCACCGGGAGAUUUCGCGGAUUCGCGGGGAUUCAUAUUGAAGCAGGAUGGAGGGCAAGAAGGUCGAGCAGUUUUACAUGCCGCCGCCGAAGCUCGGAAAAUGGGAGGGCUUCCGGGUCUUCCUCUGGAACUCCGAGACGGGACAGUUCCUGGGGCGCACAGGCGCCAGUUGGGCUAAGAUCCUGCUGUUCUACGUAAUUUUCUAUGCCGUCCUGUCCGGCUUCUUCGGCGCGAUGCUGGCUGUGUUCUAUCAAACUCUGGACCCUAACGCGCCCAAGUGGCAGCUGGACAACUCGUUGAUCGGUAGCAACCCGGGUCUCGGUUUCAGGCCUAUGCCUCCCGAAAGCAACGUCGAAAGCACAUUGAUCUGGUAUAAGGCCAGCGAUGAGGGUAAUUAUCUUCACUGGACCAGGGAACUGGACAAAUUCUUGCUAGAAUAUGAGAAACAGGCCGGACAUCAACAUAGCUACGAACACAGAGUGUCCUGCGAUUAUAACAGACCACCUCCACCGGGCAAAGUUUGCGAUGUGGAUAUGUCUGAUUGGGGAUCGUGCACGAAGACAAAGAAGUAUGGCUACAACAAAUCCGCACCUUGUAUCUUCUUGAAACUGAAUAAGAUUUUCGGGUGGACGCCGAAAUAUUAUAACGACACGGAAAAUCUGCCGAGUUCGAUGCCGUCGGAUCUUAAAGACCAUAUCGCACAAGAAGCAUUGUCGCGCAGACUGGACACCGUCUGGGUGUCCUGCGCUGGUGAAAACCCGGCCGAUGUGGAGAACAUGGGACCGAUUCAAUAUAUUCCGCGCCGCGGUUUUCCCGGCUACUAUUUCCCGUUUAGGAACAUCCCGGGAUAUCUGAGCCCCCUUGUAGCUGUGUUCUUCGAAAAGCCCAAGUACGGCGUGCUCAUCAAUAUCGAGUGCAAGGCAUGGGCGCACAACAUCAUCCACGACAGAUUUGAGCGACGCGGCUCAGUGCACUUCGAACUGAUGGUGGACUAAAGUCGGUCACUUCGGCCAAUCGUCAGAUCACAACCGCUACCAACCGCGUCCAAAAAGUAGGAAGCCGCAAGAGAUUUUAGUAUACAGAGAGAAGACGUUUCUUUUAUUUUUCUUCUUCUUCUAAAUCCGCCUCGUUGGCCGACCGCGAUCACACUCUGUGUACCAUCCGGGUUUUCUCUCUGCCGACGAUACCGCCCCGGAUCAGCCUUACUUCUUUUUCAUCCGUCAUCGUUUCUCAUCACAGUCCAUCGUUCGUUCGUCAUACCUGCAACGAUUUGCGACAGCGCUAUCCAUCCGUCAUAUUGAUCACCAAGCGAGGGAGAGACAGAUAAAAGAAAGGGGAAAAAGAGCGAGAAAGAAAGAAAGAGAGAGAGAUAGAUAAAAAAAAUGACAAAAGGGAGGAAAUAUAUUGGAAUUAAAAUGAAAGAAAACAAACUCAACCAGAGAGCGAUCGACUACUACACAAUCGAGAUGCACAAACAAAUAAACAAACAAAAAAUCGAAUCGGGAAGAGAGAGAAAGAGGUGAAACGAAACAAUCCCGCACAAAAUACCGGGCGGUAUCUUGUCUUAUUUCUGCCUGGGUUGUGUCAUCGAGAAGUGAUCUCGACCAUCGACGGCUAGGUCGAUCGUUCGCAAUAUAUACUGGAUCCUCGCUAGAGAGAGCGCUCUCUCCCUUAGUUGCAAAAGAAGCCAACCCUCCCUGACACACCCUCUCCGAAGCCGAGAUUGAAAUUUCGAUUUAGAUUCUCCUGAACCUUCUCUUUCCUCACACGUCCCUUUCCAGGACGAGUUAGGCCGAUGACUUCUCACCAUACACUGCGAAUGAUCGAUGAUGAUCUUAGUUCUCAGUCAUAGUAGAAUGUAUCAUAGAUUAAAUAGUGUUUUUUGCCCGUCACGCGCUACGAUACAUCUUCAGUAUAUAUUUCGAUACAUUGAAAUUCUUGGGCUGUUUUUGACGAGAGAAGAAUGGAAUUCUAACGGAAGGCGCAAAAAGGGUACAAGUAUGCAGAUCAACUUGGACAAAUUCAAAGUAAAAACGAUAAAACAUAGCACGUGACGUUAUUAAAGAUGAUUUGAAUGGUGCUGACGAGGAAAGAAAGAUAGAGAGAGAGAGAGAGAGAGAGAGUUUCCUCAAGAUAAGAUUCACGAGGUGACACGAGACUGUCAACCAUCAAUGUCUAUCGCAAAUAUUGAAUGAGAUUAUGCAAGUUAUGUGCGAAACCUCCUCAACGCUCUAUCGGCGUCGAUAAUAGGUGAAAAAGGAAACAUCUUGCUAAAAAUGUGUAGAGAAAAUUCUUGAAGAAUUUCGGUUCCUGUUGAGAGAUAUUAUCGAGACGCGCUCAAGUAUUUAAGUUAGUUUAAAACUAACGCGAGAAAAAAAAAUUUUUAUUUUAAUAAACAAUAUAUAUGUAUAUUAUUGCUUUUUGACACGGCACGUUUUUAGCGUAGCACAGGUCGCAAAUAUUGAUCAAAAUUCUAUUUCUAUCACUUGAUCGCUAAAAAAAGCUAUAUAUUGUAUGCGAUAUGCUCGUUGCGUUAUGUAUGUUUGCGCGUUGUAUGUUAACAAUAUUGUUACUUUAUACUAUUCCUUUAUUUUGGAUACUUUCAAUUUAAGCGUUAAAAAAUUAAGAGAGUUACUAUAUUGAAAUCUUUGCUAUUUGUGAAAAGAGUUCGAUGAAAGAGUAUUUACCAAAGAGAAAAUGGAUAUUAAGAGUUUUGAUCGGCGGAAACGAUCGAUGGUUAUUGUCUCAAUCAGAAAUAUGUUGAUGACGUGUAUGAUGAUCUAUGAUUCUAUAUGAUGCAUUUUUUUAUCCGAUUACUGCAAUCGGAUCGACAAACUCUUGGGCCGACAGGUCUUUCGAACAAUUGAAAUUAAUAAAGAAAAUUAUGUCUUUGAGUAAUUAAUCAACAAAUGAACUAAAUACACUUUAUACAGUUUGUGUAAAAUGUUUACAUUGUUUUAAUGAAUGCAUAUAAAAACUGCAUAAAUUUAAUAAUUUUCAUUCAUCAGUCCAAGUCUGAAAUUAAAAACGUUUUUGAGAACUCAAGAAUCCUUAUAAUCUUUUUUAUUCUAUUAAUUGUGAAAUUUACAUCAAUUGAUUCAAAUAUUUAUUUAUAAAUUCUCUAGUUUAAAUUUUUGAGAAUCUAUUAAUUUAAAGAGUGGCAAAGUUUGACAAAAAGUCCAAGAAUUCGUUGAUCCGAGUUCGUCUGUGCGUAAUUUUAUACAAAGAUGUAUAAAAUAAAGAUACGUGUUGAGAUGCAUGAAAUAUAGAAACGCGGAUCGUGAUAUAUGAACUUAAAGAAUUUAUGAAUUCAAAGAUUUAUGUGAUAUCAACGAUCUGUACAUCUAAGACUCUAUAAAAGCCCGAGAAUCUUCCUUAUCUGAGGAUGCACGAGGGCGAGAAUCUAUACACUCAGGAAUCUAUAUAAAUUAACAGCGAGAAUCAACAAGAAGAGGAACAAAGAAAAAAAAGAGAGGACAAAAACUAAUGCAGAUCCAAAAAUCUGCGAUGAAUCCAAAUUCGAAAACUUACGAAAAAACACGAAAAUUAUUCGCAGAAAACAAGCGAAUAUAAUCUGUAAGUCCAAGGAUCUAUUGAUUUCGAUGCUGAUUUAAACAUUCAAUUCGCCGUUUGAAAAAAAUAUUUUCACGAUUCAAUCAUGUGAGAAAAAAACAAAAUACGAAGGCACCAUCAGCUCCGCAUUUGACAAGAUACAUCAUCAAAGAUAGCGGAAGCUCUGACACAUACACACACAUAUACACAAACGCACACACACACACACACACACACGCGUUUAAUGUACUUACUAAAUAAGAUUUCCGGAGGAAGAGAGAACUGCUAUAUAAUUACCGAAGAAGAA